AUGGCCGAAGCGAUAAGGUGUUCGUAUGGCUCAACAUCUCUCGAGCCAUUUUAUGUUGGCUCAACACUGGCUGUAUUCUCAAGUGAAAAUUCCCUCUUGGCCACUCCGAUUGAGGAAGAUGUAGUCGUUACAGACAUCGAAUCCAACACUAUUGUACAUAAAAUCGAAGGUGACGGAGAAACCAUCACUGCUCUUGCAUUAACUCCAGAUGGAAGCCGUUUAGCGGUCGUUUCGCAAAGUCAGCAGCUUCGAGUUUACGACACUUCUGAUGGCAGUUUGGUCAAACAGUUCAGAUUCUCAGCGCCAGUGUACAUCGCUGCCGCCGAUGCUACCUCUACUCUUUUCGCUUUUGGUGCCACUGAUGGUGUGGUUACUGUCUGGGACAUUGAAGCUGGAUAUGUUACACAUUCACUUAAAGGACACGGAACUACGAUAUGUUCCCUUGCAUUCUAUGGAGAACUCCAUUCAUCUAACUGGAUGUUAGCACUGGGAGACACAAUGGGAACAUGCAAAGUCUGGAAUCUUGUCAAAAGAAAGUGUAUUCUGACAACCAACGAGCACGGUGGAGCUGUCAGAGGUUUGGCCUUCCUGCCCGACGGAGAGUAUUUCAUGACUGCAGGUCGUGACCAAAUCGUUGUUCUAUAUAAAUUGGACAAUUUGAAAAAGUCCAUCAAGACUUACACAGUCAGACAUCAAGUGGAAAAGUGUGGCUUUCUCGAGGUCUGCGGGAAACUGGUUUUCUACACUGCUGGCUCCGAAUGUUGCUUGAAGCUUUGGGAUAUUAAUUCUGGAACGCCAUUAGGAGGCUCAAAACCACCAUUGCAAACAUCAGAAGAACUCAUGAUCAUCGAUGUCGCUCAAAUUGAGGAUGAAAGUUUAUGGCUUGUCUUGAGUGAUCAAACUCUUGUAUUGUUAGACCUAAGCUUAAGUGAAAAUGUUGACGACCACUUGAUUGUCCCUGAGGUCCGCAAAAUUGCAGGUAAUCACGGAAUAAUUGCGGACAUCCGUUACGCCGGCCCAAACUCGACUCUUGUUGCAAUGGCUACAAACGCACCCGCCCUUCGUGUCAUUGACCCAUUGGUCCCUUUUGACGUUCAACUCUACGAGGGCCAUACAGACUUACUCAACUGCUUGGAUGUUUCACAGGAUGGACUAUGGAUUCUUACCGGAUCAAAGGAUAAUAACGCUAUAUUAUGGCAUUACGACGCAGACUCUGAAGAGUUUAUCCUCCACACCACUUUCCACGGCCAUGUGGGCGCUGUGACUGCGUGCGGACUUUCACGAAGUUCAAGCAAACCUACAUUUGCAUUAACUGCAUCAACUGACUUAACAGUGAAGAAAUGGAAAAUUCCAAAAGAGGCUGGUUCCGUUGUUAAGGGAAGUGAUUACACUAGAAGAGCGCACGACAAAGAGAUUAACUCUAUGGCCAUUGCACCAAACGACGAAUUCUUCGCUACUGCGUCGUUUGAUAAGACUGCAAAGGUCUGGAAUUCGGACUCUGGAGAGACUGUUGGUAUAUUGAAGGGUCAUAAAAGAGGUUUGUGGGACGUUUCGUUCUGUCAAUAUGACAAAUUGAUUGCUACGAGCUCUGGUGACAAGACAGCUAAGGUAUGGCUGUUGAAGGAUUUUAGUUGUACAAAGACUUUUGAAGGACACACCAAUGCUGUCCAAAGAUGCCAGUUCAUGAACAAAAACACACAACUCGUAACUUCCGGAGCUGAUGGUUUGGUUAAAGUUUGGGACAUCAGCGAGGGAGAGUGCACGGUGACACUCGACAAUCAUAAUAAUAGAUUGUGGGCACUUGACCUCAAAGAAGAUGGCUUGGAUCUACUUUCUGCUGACGCUGAUGGUUUCAUAACAUUUUGGGUCGACAAUACCGAACAGCUACUAUUAGAACGAGAGGAGAACGAGAAAUUGAAGGUGGAACAAGAACAAUCUCUCAGUAACUAUAUUAAUCAGAAUGACUGGAGUAAUGCUUUCUUGUUGGCGCUCACAUUGGAGCACCUGAUGAGAGUAUACAAUGUCGUGAAAGCUUCAAUUGGAGCUAAUCAAGACCCUGAGCUGGUGGUUGGCCUGAAGGCUCUCGAAACUACGAUGCAAGAACUCCAACCUACCCAAUUAAUAUCUCUUCUCAAAAAAAUUAGAGACUGGAAUAUUAAUUUCAAGCAAUUUGAGAUUGCGCAGAAGGUCCUUUCUGUCGUUCUUGACUUCAUUGACACUGAAUCCGCCGAGAUGAGGAAGGCGAUGGAUCUGAUUAUCCCUUACAAUGAGAGGCAUUUCCAGCGUCUAGAUGACAUGCUCGAGGAGACCUACAUCCUUGACUAUGUGAUCAAUGAGAUGCAGAGCGUUUAA